AGUCAAGAAUCUGCAUUGGACAAGGUGAUGAUGCUGGAACUUUUACAAGGUCAUGAUGCUGGAACUUUUGUUUGGCGCUGUUCCAGUGAGACCUUAAAUGUCCCAAAAUUACCUAAUUGCCUGCCAUUGACUGCCACUGACGGCCAUAGACGUUCGAUCUGUUUGAAGUGGGAGGGAGGGAAUGAUGUUCAUUCGCUGCCACACUCCCAGUUCAAAUGGAUUGGACGUCUACUAGUGAUAAACUCAUUCCAAUUCACACUAGAAGCUUAUUUUUCUGUUAAUUAGCUGUUUUUAGUAUAUCCUAGAAUGAUUUCCUGACCAAUGUAUCGAUAAUCGUUCUAUCGCUAUAUCGUCAGAUCAUCGUUAUCGUGAACUUUGUAUCGCAAAUCGUAUCGCGAGGUAUCAAGAGGUUCCCACUCCUAGUCCAUAUACUACAUCGAUGAAUUAAAAACCGCCAUGACUGAAUGGAAGUUAAGCAGGCCAAAUCAAUCCAUACCAGUGAAUACAGAUAAUGCUGCCAAUAUAGUUAAUUCAGUAUGUAACACAGAUGGACUCGGACCACAAAUAGGAUGUUUUGCUCAUGUGGUAAACAUACCUGCUAAGAGAGCAGAAGCAAUCAAAACUGUGCCCAGCCUCACUUUACAAACAGUAAAGAUUGUUCUCAGCACUUUUAUAUAAAAUUUCUUCAGAUCAGUAAUAAGUCAGCACAUAAAUAUAAUGCAUGUUUAUAUGAUGGCAUUGUUAUUUUUGCUUGUUAGCAAAAUUAAAAAAACAAUAAACACUUGUAUUUUUUUGUUUCAGAGCAUUAAAUGUAUGGACUCGAAUCAAAAAUCGUGUCCCUCAUAUCGAAAAUCGUACCAAACUGUGACUUAACUGUAUCGUUGCAUCACUACAAACUUCAACUUCAGUUAACUCACCACGGCAAAAGUAUUGUGCCUCCACAACACCACAAUUUUACCACAUUGUUAUCACGUCAUUACCUAAGAGAGGUGCUGGUCUGAAUAAGAUUCAAUAUGUACCAGAUUGUUCCGGUGGUCCCCGGGGAGCAGCACAUGUCCGAGGGUCCCGGGAACUCCCCACUUAAAAAGCGAGGAACUCAGGAAGCCCGACCUCUGGUAAUUACAAGCGUCCUGGGAUGUCUUUUGGUGCUGGCCGCCGUCGUGGCUUGGUGCUACUAUUCGGCUUCUCUUCGCAAAGCCCAGCUCGUGAAGACAGAGCUGCUGGACCUCAACAAGGAUGGUUUUGUAAUCCGGAACCAGACGGGCGCUGUUAUAUUCACCAUGAUUUUCAGGUCCGCCCACCUGGAUUUAGACUCUUGCUCCCAUGAGGAAAAUAUUCUAAGAUGCACUCGUUCAGAUGCUGGCAAGAUCAACUUUUUUAUCCACACAGUUCGACUGAAGGACACGGUGAUGUGUUACCGUGUGCGCUGGGAGCCUCUAGAAGAUAAGCGCACUGUGGAGCACACCAUGGCUUGUAAUGGCUCUCAUUGGUACGGAGGGGCAGAGUCUGCCACUCAGCACUGGCCAAUCAGAAUUGAGGGCGAGCGGGAACCGCAGCCUUUCGUCACCAGUGACGUCUACUCAAAUCGGAACGCUUUUGGGGGGAUUCUAGAACGCUACUGGCUAUCCUCCAAUGCGGUUGCCAUCAAAAUUAACGAUUCUGUGCCGUUUCAUUUGGGCUGGUCUGAGAAGGACAUGACACUUUACUUCCAGGCCCGAUACCAGGAUUCUCCAUUCAGACCACCGGAAGGACGACAAGCCUCGCCAGAACUCAGCUACAGAGUUUGUGUUGGCUCAGACGUCACCUCAAUUCAUAAGUACAUGGUGCGUCGCUAUUUCCCAAAGCCUAUCAAGGUUCCUUCCGUUGAAGUCUUCAAACAUCCACUGUGGUCCACUUGGGCUCUUUACAAGACAUCCAUCACCCAAGAGAAGUUCCUGCAGUACGCCUCGGACAUUAUCAAAUAUGGCUUCACCUGUUCUCACCUAGAGCUAGACGACCGCUACACCGCCGACUAUGGCGAGUUUGACUUCGAUCCCCAAAAAUUCCCUAACGCCAGCGGUAUGUUUGACAAGCUCCGAAAAGAUGGUUUUCAAGUGACGCUCUGGACUCACCCGUUCAUCAACUACGACUCCAUCAACUUUGGUGUUGCCGUUCAGGAUGGUCUGUUUGUGCGUGACCCCAGCGGUGAGCUGCCAGCUCUUGUCCGCUGGUGGAAUGGCAUCGGCGGAAUCUUGGACUUUACCAAUCCAAAUGCUCGCAACUGGUAUGCGGUCCAACUAACCAAGCUCAAAGAACGCUACGGUGUAACAUCCUUUAAGUUUGACGCAGGGGAGACAAGCUAUCUGCCGCAACAGUUUAGCACCGUAAUCCCACUGACGGACCCCUCCACCUUCACUCGCCUCUACACAGAGAUGGCCAUUCCGUUUAGUGAGCGGGCUGAGCUGCGGGUGGGAUACCAGAGUCAGAACAUCUCCUGUUUCUACAGGAUCAUUGACAGAGACUCUGUUUGGGGUUAUGAGCUUGGCCUCAAGUCUAUCAUCCCAACAGUUUUAACCAUCAGUAUUCUGGGGUACCAGUUUGUCCUGCCUGAUAUGAUCGGUGGGAAUGCAUACGCUGACCAUAUGACAGACAAUGGGAUUGACCUGCCCGACAGAGAACUUUACAUCAGAUGGUUGGAACUGUCUGCAUUCAUGCCUGCUAUGCAGUUUUCUAUACCACCAUGGCACUAUGAUGAUGAAGUGGUGGAGAUAGCGCAAAAAUUUACAAAACUCCACAAGACCCUAGUAGCCCCUAGGGUUCUCAAGUUGGCCAACGAAGUGCUUAACACAGGAGAUCCCAUCAUAAGACCCCUCUGGUGGAUCGCCAACAACGAUGCAGCAGCUUACAAGGUGGACUCCCAGUUCCUGAUUGGGGAUGAGCUGAUGGUGGCUCCUGUCCUGGAAGCGGGCAAGCAGGAAAGGGAUAUCUACUUGCCGGCGGGGAGGUGGAGAAGCUACAAGGGGGAACAUUUCGUUCAGGGCCCCAAGUACCUUACUGACUAUCCUGUCGACCUGGAUGAGAUUGCCUACUUUACAUGGGUUCACUGAACUGAACUGAAGCCUUAAGACCCUUCCGUUCUCUUUGCAUUUAUAUACAGCAUUGUCUUGAACACAUGUGCCAAAUCAGCCAAGCAGCAAUUUUCCGGUAAUUGAAAAGGAAUAUAACUGUGCGACCAGUAGCACGGAUUGGGAAAAUAAUAGUUUGACUAUUUAUUGGUAUGUGUUAACAGGGGCGUGUCGCAUAUUUUCAGUAUCGUUCUAAAGCACAUUCAAGAAACAAUUUUACUUUUAAUUUAUUUGUGAAAGCAAUGUAUUUCAUACAGGGGUGGACUGGUGGAACAGAGUGGCCUGAGAGUCAGUGAAAGACUGGCACACUUCAUUGACGAUGUUGGAAGCCAUCCAGCCAGCAAAAUAGAGAGGUCCACCACUAACAUUCACUAACCUUGUCCAGAAUGUCUUCAGAACUGGAUUUACAGUUCCACAAAAAUGAGACUUGUAACCUGAUCAAAGUAUGCAUGUAGGAGUUUUAAUUCAAAAUUUCUAAAUUUUCGUAUUGUAAUUUCUAAAUAUGCAUAGUUUUGAGUAUGUGAAUAGUCAGAGAGGUCCAUUACUAAUAAUCAUCAACAUUGGCCAGAACGUAUUCAAAAUUGUGAAUUUACAGUACCACAAAAAUGACAACUGUAACCUGUAACCAGAUCAAAGUCCACAUUUAGGAUAUUUAUUCACAUUCUCUCAGCAUUAGUACAGUAAAAAUCUGUAGUUUUGAGUCUGGGAGUAGUCAGAAAGGUCCACUUCUAAUAUUCACCAUCCUUGUCCAGAACUUCUUCAGAAUUGUGGAUUUACAGUUACACAAAACUGAGAACUGUAACCUGAUUAAAGUUUACAUGCAGGACUUUUACUUGUUUUUCCUGGUACGUUGGUACAGUAAGAAUGCAUAGUUUUGAGUAUGGGAGUAGUCAGAGAGGUCCACUACUAAUAUUAAUCAACCUUAGCCAGUACCAAAAGUAGAUUUGUGGAUUUACUGUGCCACAAAAAUGAGUACUAUAAACUACCAUCUACUAAAACAACCGGUUGCUCAGGGGAAUCGCAUCAUAUUGUAUUGACGUGACAGCGCACAUAACGCACAUGUACAACCCCUAGCAUAAAGUACUGGAAUCACAGUCUCGGACGAGCACACUAACAUUUUAUCAUGUAGAACAAACC